GUGGUUGCGCAAUAUUUAGGAUGGACACAUAAGUUUGAGUUUAUCCCAGGGGUUCCAAUACACUGGCCAGGUUCUGGUGGCCCUCCAUCUAACAUCCCAGCCUGUGGAUUUAACGGAGAGCUCUGUGUUGUUUACAAUUUACCACAGUCGGCUAUUGUCGCUAUUUGCCUGUGUUCUGUAAUCGUCCUCGUCAUUGGUGUCGGAUUCUUUGUGUAUAGGCGUCUCAAAGCGGAAGCGGAAAUAUACAGUCAGUGGUGGCGUAUAAAUGCAGACGAUAUUAUGAUACAGACGCACUCGUCUUUCUUCUCCAGUCGUAGCAAGCUCGAAGAGUCUGAUGAAAGAUCAUCGAUUACCUUGGCAACUCACGCUGCUUGUUUCCAAACCAUUGGUGUUUACAGGGGAACUCAGGUUCAUAUCCGAAAGCCAAAGAUUAAAUCAGUAUCUGUAGAUAGAAAGCUUCUUCUGGAACUUAAACAGAUGCAUUAUAUAACGAGUCCAAACCUGACUCGCUUGAUUGGAUUAUGUACAGAGGUUGAUAGUAUCUGUAUACUGACAGAACAUUGUUCUAGAGGAAAUCUUCAGGAUAUACUUCACAACGAAUCUAUCCAACUUGAUUGGGAUUUCCGUAUUUCCUUGAUUACUGACAUAGUGGAGGGUAUGAACUAUCUGCAUGCCAGUCCUAUCCACACACACGGUAGACUGACCAGCACUAAAUGUGUAAUAGACAGCAGAUUUGUGCUUAAAAUUACAGGAUUUGGUUUGGAUAGCUUAAAUAAGGUCCAUAGAAAUACUGAUGUGACAGAUAAUAUCUAUACAACAUUGCCGGAGCUUGUAUGGAUGGCACCUGAACAUUUACGUGUAUACCCACCAAGAAAAUGUUCACAACCGGGAGAUGUGUAUAGUUUUGCUAUCAUUUUAUAUGAAAUGUGUACAAGAAAUGAACCUUACGUCAAUGAACCUUGGUAUAUAUCGCUGGACGAUACACUUCAGAAGAUCAAGCAUGGUAGAUCUCGUUUUGUAAGGCCAACACUAAAUGAGUCAGACUCAUUUCCAGAUAUUGUGAACUUGACAAAAUGCUGUUGGCUUGAAAUGCCAGAGGAUAGACCUACAUUUCACAGUAUAAGACGAGUGAUACGAGCUAUCAAAAUGAAAAGAAAUAUCAAUCCAACGGAAAAUGUUCUUGACGUGCUGUUGAAUAGAAUGGAACAGUAUGCCAACAACUUAGAAGGGUUGGUUGAGGACAGGACCCAAGCUUUCCUAGAAGAAAAGAAAAAGUCAGAGGAGCUGUUGUACCAAGUAUUACCAAAGAGCGUGGCUGAUCAGUUACGUGCGGGAAAGUCCGUAAUACCUGAAUCAUACAGUUGUGUUACAAUUUAUUUCUCGGAUAUUGUUGGAUUUACAGAAAUUGCUGCGAAAAGUUCGCGAUUCAGAAAGGUGGUCGACUUUUUAAAUGGUGUGUACUCAUGUUUUGAUACAAUAAUUGAAAAUUAUGAUGUAUAUAAGGUUGAAACGAUUGGAGAUGCCUACAUGGUAGUGUCGGGACUUCCGGAAAGGAACGGAAAUGACCAUGUGCGUCAAAUCUCACGAAUGGCUUUGGACAUUGUUCAUAGUGUUCGUCAAUUUACCAUACGUCACCAGCCGUGCACACCUUUGAAAACUCGUAUAGGAAUUCAUUCAGGUCCUGUUUGUGCUGGAGUGGUAGGGAUGAAAAUGCCUCGAUUUUGCCUGUUUGGUGACACUGUAAACACUGCAAGUCGAAUGGAAUCUUCAGGAGAAGCUAUGAAAAUCCAUAUAAGUGAACAAACAAAACUGUUACUGGAACAGGACAACAAUUUUAUCACUGCAGAGAGGGGUACAAUAACUGUCAAGGGAAAAGGACUAAUGACAACUUUCUGGUUGAUUGACGAAAUAUCACACCAAAUGGACAUAGUAUUGUUGUAAAGCAAAGAAAGCCCGACAUAAACAAUCAUACCCAAAAUUAUACAUUUUUACUUGAAAGUAACAUUACCCUUGUUGUCUUUGGUUUGAA